UCAAUUAAUUACGAGUUAAAACCACGCCUACUUAAAUAUGGCGGAUGACAGGCUGAGACCAGACGAGGCCGAGCAAUACGAUAGGCAGAUAAGACUGUGGGGUUUAGAGGCACAGAAAAGAUUGAGAGCGUCGAGGGUCUUACUGAUUGGUUUGGGCGGGCUAGGAGCUGAGGUUUGUAAGGAUAUUGUACUCGCUGGGAUAAAAUCACUAACCAUCAUUGAUAAUGAAUAUAAAAGUGAUGUAAAUAUUGGAAAUAGAUUUUUAUACUUUACUAAAGACACGACAAGAGCAAAGGCUGUAAUGUCACGCCUGAGGGUCCUCAAUCCUAACGUAGUAAUCAAUACAUAUCCUGAUUCCGAUACUACUAGCACUGAUAAUACUGAUACCAAUAUAGUGAAGGCUAUCAAUGAUGAAUAUAUUAGCAAGUUUGAUUUGUUGUGUGCUACUGGUUGCUCUCAAGAUGAACUGUUACAUCUAAAUGAGAUUUGUCAUCGUUUAAAAGUCAAGUUUUUCUGCGGUGAUACUUGGGGCUAUUAUGGAUACUUCUUUACAGACUUACAGGAACAUAGCUAUGUAAUUACUGUCCCCAAGGAGAAAGAAGUGGCUAUGGAGAUAGAUGAGUCCAGCAAUAAAGAUAAGCACCAGGAGGUAUCUCAUUUAGAGGAAGAAGAAGAAGAAAUGACAAUUAAAAAGGUGAUGUCAUUUAGCUCAUUGCAGGAAGCACUCUCCCACGACUGGAGUAAGAAACCCAGUCGAUACUUCAAGAGGAUUCCACCAACUUAUUUCAUUAUACAAGUUUUACAGCAGUUCAGGGAUCAUAAAGGACGCAAUCCAAGCAUUGGAGAAGAUGCUGAAGAGGAUCGACAGUUCCUUUACAAACUGUGUGAGGAUGUUACCAAGCAGCAAAACAUCUCACCAGAUUUGAUAAACAAAGAGUUUGUUAAUUAUUGUUUCUCAGAGUUGAGUCCUGUCUGUGCUAUUGUUGGUGGAGUUUUAGCACAAGAAAUAAUUAAAGCAAUAUCAGCAAAUGACAUCCCAUUUAAUAAUAUUUUUAUGUACGAUGGAGUCAACAGCACUGGCAUAGUAGAGGCAUUAAUUAGAAACUGAUCAUCACCCACGAUAAUCAUUUUUAAUUAAUUUAUGUACUUUUUGAGUUCUUAUUAACCUUUUAUUCAUGCAUUAAAAACUGA